CCCACAGGUCCAGGGUCCCCGCCGCCAUGGACGACGAGGACCCCUUCAACGCGGUCAUGGCGCCGUCGUUCCUGCACAAGCCGACCCUCCGGCAAGAGGACGACGGCAACAGACUCGUCUUCGAGUGCCAGAUGACGUCGCACCCCAGGCCCGAUAUCACGUGGUUUCGGGGCGACGUGGAGUUGAAGGACGACCACAGGACGAGCAUCAAGGUGGUCGAGAUCGAGCCGCGCAAGUACCACGUGUCCCUGGAACUCAACGACGUCAUCGAGACCGACGGCGGCCUCUACAAGGUCUUCGCCAAGAACAAGGAGGGCAAGGUCGACUCCUCCAUCAACCUCAACUUCAGCCCUGCUGAUGAACCGCUGGACCAGCAAAUCGACGGCAUCGCGCCGACCUUCGCCAAAAAGCCAACGAUACGACAAGAAGAUGACGGCGAGCGCUUGCUUUUCGAGUGCCGCAUCCUUGCGGACCCCCAGCCGACCGUCAACUGGUACCACAACGGCGUGCCCGUCGUGGGCAAGGGAAGGUUUCAGAUGAUGGUGGACAAAGACGGCAACUCGUAUCACGUGACACUACAAAUCGACGACGUCACGAUCGAAGAUGCCGGCAAGUACAAGGUCACCGCCCACAACGAGCUUGGAGAGAGUAACGCCACCAUCAGCCUCAAUUUCGACAGUGAUGACAUUCCCGAAGAGGGUGCGAAGCCAACGUUCGUCGAGAAGCCGAUGAUCAAGCAGUCAGAUGACGGCAACAAAAUCAUCUUCGAAUGCCGACUGAUGGCUGACCCGCCGCCAUCGAUAGAAUGGUACCACAAGGGCAAGAUUGUGAAAGAGGACGCUAGGCACAAGUACAGGAUUGCCACGGAAAACCAUACCCACACGGUGGCGCUGGAGGUGGCCAAUGUCAAGUCCGAAGACGGCGGCGAGUACAAGGUGGUUGCCAGCAACGAGCACGGCGAGGGCCACGCCAACAUCACUCUCAACUUCGAAGGUGACUCUGGGAAGCCCAAGGUGCCUGACGGCAAGGCCCCCCGGUUUCCGAAGAAACCGACGAUCCGGCAGGAGGGGGACGCCCUGGUGCUGGAGUGCAUCCUGGAGGCCCACCCGUUCCCGGAGAUAUCCUGGUUCCUCGGGCCCAAGAAGAUCGCUGACGGCACCCGGCACAAGAUCUCCAAAAAGGAGACCGCCAAGCACACCUACCUCCUCAGCCUCGAAAUCAGGGACCCAACGACGGAAGAUGGCGGAAACUACCGCUGCAAUGCCGUCAACGAAUUGGGUGACAGCAACGCAAACAUCACCCUCAACCUGAAAGGGGGUGAGCCACCCAAGACGGGUGACCCGCCCGUGUUCACGGAAAAGGCCAAAAUCAUUCCAAAGGACUCCGGGGCGAUCAUCGUCAUGGAGUGCCACGUCAAGUCCAAAACUGCCCCCCAGUUCACGUGGCUCCAUGGCAGUGAUCCAGUCAAGGAGGAUCCCCACAUCAAGUUCAACAUGGUCAAGGAGGGAACAGAAGACUACGUCAUCACCCUCACAAUCACGGGUCCCAAUAAAGAUGACGGAGGCGCAUACAAGUGCAACAUCAGGAACGAACACGGCGAGAUCAACGGCAACCUUAACCUCAACAUUGCCGGUGCGGCCGCACCCACCGGAGUGGCGCCAUCGUUUGUGGAGAAGCCGCAGAUUACGGCGGAGCAGGAGGGAAAGCUCAUCAUCAUGGAGUGCAAAGUGCGUGCCGACCCCAAGCCCACCAUCUCGUGGCUCAAGGAAGGCGUCACGGUCCAGGAAGGCAAGCGGAUCAAGCAGAUCAUCACACAGGACAAGGACGUCUACCACAUACGCCUCGAGCUCUACGACCCAGAGUUCUCGGACGCUGGCGUCUACAAGUGCAACGUCAAGAACAGCGCAGGAGAGAGUAACGCCAACCUGACUCUCAACAUUGAGUUGGCCCCCGUCAUCAAGGAGCGUCCCAAGAUCGUACGUCGCGAGCACCACAAGACGAUCGUUAUAGAGUGCCACGUCCAGUCGGCCAACAAGCCGGAAGUGGUGUGGUUCAAGGAGAACACGAUGGUGCGCGAGGACACCCGACACCAGGUGCACAUCCGCCAGGUGUCCCAGGGCGAGUUCGCCGUGGCGCUCGAGAUCGACAAGCCCGACGCCGUCCAGGACAAGGGAGUCUACAAGCUGGUCGCCAAGAACGUCAAGGGAGAGGCCGCGUCGCAGACUGUCUCUGUCGAACUCGACGAAGAGAAGAAGGAACCUGAAAAGAAGAAGGAACCCGAAAAGAAGAAAGAACCUGAAAAGAAAGAGGAAGCGAAGCCGAAAGGAGAGAAGCCCAAGAUUCUACAAAUGCUGGCAGCGCAGACCGUCGAAGAGGGCAAGUCGUGCGAGUUUGUCUGCAAGGUGGAGUCUGUCACGAAAAUCACUGUCUCCUGGACAAAGAACAAGAGGGUGGUCCGCGAGACGACUCACAUCAAACUGACGUUCGACGGCACGACAGCCAAGCUCGCCUUCCUCGAGGCUACCAAGGACAUGGCCGGAAACUACACGGUCGAGUUCACCAACGAGUUUGGCAAGGAGGAGUCGACGGCGGAGCUCAUUGUUAUCGAUGCCGCCAAGAAAAAGCCAGAGGAGAAAAAACCCGAGGAAAAGAAGCCGGAAGCAAAAAAGGUCGAGGAGAAGAAGGUCGAGGAGAAAAAGAAGGUGGAGGAAAAGAAGGAAGUGAAGAAGGUCGAAGAGAAGAAGAAAGAAGAGGUCAAGGUUGAGGAGAAAAAGGCAGAGGCAAAGAAACCCGAAGAGAAGAAACCCGAGGAAAAGAAGCCGGCGGCAAAGAAGGCGCCCCUUCAGAAAAAGCCGACCGAACCCGAACCCGAGAUUAUCGCGAACCCGCAGAGCCAGGUUAAUGGAGAAGUACCUGCAGAAAAAGAGCCCGAGCGCGCUCCGUCCCGGAAACGGGGUUCUCUGUCGAAACCCGACGCCAAAUCGCCGAAAGACAAGAAACCCUCGCUCGAGCUCCCAUCGAAGCACGAACCCAAGGAAGAGCCGAAGGAGUCUGUUCCUGCGACCCCACCUCCCUCAACUCCGAAGUGGAAGGACCGCAUGCCCCCGCCCCUAAACCUAACCCCCGACGUUCCGUCGGACGUCGAAUCGCCGCCGAGCACCGUGUCGUCUCCGUCCCAGUCGCCGCGGUCGCCUGGAUCGCAGAAGCGGAGGUCCUUUGGGGGCCUCCAGCUCCGGUCUCCCGAGCCCGAAGACGACGAAGAGAAGGAAUAUGGAGACCCCAUCAUCUUUAAGUAUGAGCCCGCCGCCACAGAGGAGCCAAAGGUGGAGUCCCCGCCCGUCCGCAAGUCCUCGGUGCCGGUGAUAAUGGUGGACGACACUGACACGAAGGAGGAGGGUCCCAAGAAACCGAAGAUGCAGAAGGUGAAGCGUGCCGGGUCGCCCGAGAAGGCUGCCGAGCCGCCGCCAUCUCCCAGGGGCCGGCGUAGCUCGGUGUGCGUAGCCAUAGACCAGCCCGGCCAGACGCCGUCGGAGCUGGCGGCGCUACCCUCGGAUUCGAUGGUCAUGGUCCACGGGGUAGCCAUGAAGCUCGAAGAAGCCAAUAAGAUGCUCGAGCCGGAAGAAGAACCGGUUCAGAAUGGCGUGCCGGAGAUUCGGGAGCCGGAGGCCGCAGCAGCCCCACCGAGAAAGAAGGAUUCGGUGCCCGAGAUCGCUGUUCAGGAGCCAGCGGCGGAAGAACCGCGCCGGAUGCAGGUGCCCAUCGUGAAGGAACCAACCCCCGAACCAGAUCGAAAGGACUCCUUGGCGCCGGACCGGCGCGGUUCGGGGCUCGAACCGGGCUCGCCCGGUGGCUCCCGGCGCGGUUCGCUCAUCAUCACGGCCGACGAGAAAGGCAUGGUGGUCGACGAGGCUGGCAAAAUGAAGAAGCUGCGUCCAGGCGAAAUGGUUGAGGUGCGGCAACGCCGUCGCUCUUCCAUCGACAUGCGACGCGCCAGUGUUUCGGAGCUGCAGGAGAAGGUGGAUAAACCGUCCACUCCCCUUCGUCCGAUCCCAGAGACGGACGAGGGACCUCCGAACAUCGUCGACUACCAGGAGAACAUCACCGCUGUGGAAGGUGGUGUGGCGUACCUGUCGGUGCAGGUUGAAGGCAACCCCGUGCCGCAGUUCCGCUUCUACAAGGGCGUGGGAGAGAUAUACGAGGGCGGCCGCUACGCCGUGAUCACGGACGGUGAGACGAACACCGUCUGCUUCUGCAUCCGCAAGGCCAAGUCCAACGACGAGGGCAAGUACAAGGUGGUGGCCUACAACAAGCACGGCGAAGACUCCGUCACCAUGAGCCUCUUCGUCACCGAUGAAAGUGGCAUGGAUUUCCGUGCUAUGCUAAAACACAGGCAAUACGCAAAAUGGGGCCUGGGCAAGGAUGACCCCAACUGGCAACUCAAGGCAGGAGAGGAGGAAAAGGAACAGAUUGGUCCCCGCAAGCCGACGUUGGAUCCUCACCCUCCCUGGGACAAUAGGCGCCUGUCCCUCGCCGACCUCAUUCCUGAUUGGCCGACGCUGCAGAGCGUGCGUCGGAACAGCGAGAAACCGGACGCCUUCCUGAAGCCGCUGGAGAACGAGCACGUGAAAGAAGGCCGGGACAAGCUUGCCCGCUUCCAGGCGGUGUUCUCCAAGAGCGGCAUCAAGGGCAAGUGGUUCCGCAACCGGCAGGAGAUCUUCAUGGGCAAGAAGUACCACAUGACCAGCCAGGGAGACCUGCACGUGCUCGAGAUCAUGAACCCCACCGUGGAGGACGCCGGGCGCUACACCCUCACCUGUCUCGACACCAGCUGCGCGGCCAUCCUCGAAGUGGACGACCCGGACCCGGUGUACAAGUUCAUCAAGAGGCUGCCGGCCCGGACGGAGCAGUACUCCACCAAGGAGCUGGUGCUUGAAUGCACCACCAACAGCCACAAGGCCAAAGUGCAGUGGCUCAAGGACGACAAGAAGAUUGCAACCAGCGACAAGUACAUCAUAGACCAGGACCAGUUUGGAAAGAAGAUCCUGCGCGUCCAGGACUGCACCCUCGAAGACACGGGGGUCUACGAGUGUAGGAUCAGCAGCGAGGAGAAAACAAGCACCAAAGUGACCAUCACAGAGCAAAAGUUCCAGUUCAUGAAGGGGCUGAAGAGCUUCAAGAUCAACGAAGACGAAGCAGUGACCCUUGAGUGCGAAGUCGACGAAUGGGAGGCUAAGGUGCAGUGGUUCUUGGACGGAAAAGAGCUCAAGAGCGACAAGCACCGAGAGAUCUUGUCCGAAGGCCGUAAACGUCGCGUCGUCAUCAAGAAGGCCAAGAUCACGGACGAGGGCCAGUACACGUGCAAGACGAACGCCGACGAUACGAUGGGAGAACUCCUUGUUGAGCCGGCCAACAAGUUCCAGAAGAAACUGAAGGACGUCACUGCUUUGGAACGUGAGCAGGCCAUCUUGGAGGUUGAACUGCUCGACAGGCAUGCUCCUCUGAAGUGGUUCAAGAACGGAGAAGAGGUCAAGGCAUCUGACAGGAUCAGCAUCAAGAUGCUUGACGACGGACGUCACCAGCUGAUCAUCAAUAAAUGCGAACUUGACGACACCGGUGACUAUCACAUCGAGUGCAAGGACCUCAAGUGCGCUUGUAAGCUGACCAUCAACGAGGCCGAGAAAGCCCCAGUGAUCAAACUUGACAAGACAGACUACACAAGUGACACUGGAAAACCGCUCACCAUUGAAAUCCCAUACAGCGUGUCGGGCGUGCGGACGUCGGACGUGGUGGGGAAGCUGCUGCGCAAUGGCCAGCCCGUGCCCACCAAGGACGUGGAGGUGGUCGUCAAGAACGACAUGGUGCUCGUCACGUUCCGCAAGCCCGUGCGCGAGUCAAGCGGCCCGUACGAGUUUGCCCUGAGCAACUCGCAGGGGGAGGCCAAGCUGCCGCUCAACAUCAACAUCCUCGACGUGCCCCAGCCGCCCGAAGGCCCACUGGAGAUCACGGACGUGUUCAAGGACCGCUGCAAGCUCAAGUGGAAGCCCCCCAAGGACACGGGCGGCGUUCCGCUCCAGCACUACGUCGUGGAGCGGCAGGACCUGGGGGUUCGGGGCGGCUGGACCGAGGUCCUCACCACGGAAGACACCAAGGCUGACAUCACGGACCUAGUGGCCAAGAAGGAGUACAAGUUCCGGGUGCGCGCCGUCAACAAGAAGGGCGCCUCGGAGCCGCUCACCGCCGACAAGACCACGUUGGCCAAGGAUCCCUACGACGAGCCGUCGAAACCGGGCAACGUCGAGAUUGUGGACUGGGAUGCCGACAGGGUCGACCUCAAGUGGCAGAAGCCCGAGAAAGACGGAGGUGCGCCCAUCGAAGGCUACGUCAUUGAGUACAAGGACAAGUUCUCAAGAGACUGGGUCGAAGGAGCCAGAGUUCCUGCUGACAAGACGGAGGGCAGGGUACCGGACCUGAAAGAGGGCAUGCAGUACGAAUUCCGCGUCCGAGCCCUCAACAAAGCCGGCCUGGGCGAACCCAGUGAUCCUACCAAGCCCCUCAUUGUCAAGGCCAGAUUUGUCAAGCCAUUCAUUAUCGGCGACGGCCUGAAAAACAUGACCAUCAAGCGUGGUGCCACAAUCAAGUACGAGGUUGAGUUCAAGGGCGAACCACCACCGGAAGUCGUCUGGGAGCGCAACAGCCAGCAACUGAAGCCCAAUGACAAGACCACGAUCGAAGUCACGGAGAAGUCUACCGUCCUUGUGGUCAAGAACGCCCUGCGAGCUGACAGUGGACGUUACACGAUCAAACUCACCAACAGCAGUGGCUCAGUGUUUUCUGAAGCGGACGUCGUCGUCCUGGACAAACCAUCGAUGCCCGGUGGACCGUUGAAGCCAGAGGAGGUCCGCGCGGACCACGUAGACCUCUCGUGGAAGAAGCCUCCGGACACCGGGGGUCACGACCUCAAGGGCUACGUCCUGGAGAAGAUGGACAUGGAUACGGGACGCUGGGUGCCGGCCGGGGAGGUCGGUCCCAACGAGACCAAGGCCCGCGUGGACGGGCUCACCAAGGGCAAGAAGUACAAGUUCAGGGUCAAGGCAGUCAACAAGGAGGGAGAGUCCGAGCCCCUCGAAACCGGGGAUGAGAUCGUUGCAAAGAACCCCUACGACGAGCCGGGCAAGCCGUCCAAGCCGGAGAUUGUGGACUACGACAACACCAAGGUGGACCUAAAGUGGGAUAAGCCCGCCAGCGACGGCGGACGUCCCAUUUUGCACUACAUCGUAGAGAAGAAGGACAAGCUGAGCAGCGAUUGGGUGGAGGCCCUCAAGACGGACGGCGACCAGUGCCAGGCCACGGUGGCAGACCUCAAGGAGAACUCAGUCAUGCAGUUCAGGGUGCGUGCCGUCAACAAGGCCGGCGUCGGGGAGCCCAGCGAGCCGACGGAGAACCACAUCGUCAAGCACCGCAACCUGAAGCCCCGCAUCGACCGCACCAACCUGAAGAAUGUGAUCCUCAAGGUCGGGAGGUCUCACGUCUACGAGGUGGACAUCAUUGGCGAGCCCGCGCCCGAAGUCGUCUGGACGUUCGGCGAGGCGGCGACCAAGCUGGCCGACGACGAGAACACCAAGAUAGAGAACAAGGAGUAUCACUCUACUUUCAGCGUGCUCAAGGCUCUGCGCAAGCAGUCCGGGAAGUACACCAUCACCGCCACCAAUCGCAACGGCAAGGACAGCGUCUCCGUCGACGUCACCGUGCUGGGCAAGCCGGCGAGGCCGGAGGGACCCCUGGAGGUGAAGGACGUGCACAAGGAGGGCUGCAAGCUCAAGUGGAACAAGCCUAAGGACGACGGGGGCUGCCCCCUGCACCACUACGAGGUGGAGAAGCUGGACAAGGAGACCGGGCGCUGGACCCGGGUGGGCAAGACGGACAAGCCCGAGAUGGAGGUGACGGGGCUCACGCCGGGCAAGGAGUACCUCUUCCGGGUGGUGGCCGUCAACGACGAGGGCGAGUCGGAGCCCCUCGAGACCCUUCAGGGCACCGUCGCCAAGAACCCCUACGACGAGCCGACCAAGCCCGGCACGCCUGAGUUGGUGGACUGGGACAACACGAGCGUGGACCUCAAGUGGGAGCCACCCAAGAGCGACGGCGGCGCCCCCAUCGAGAAGUACAUUGUGGAGAAGAAGGACAAGCACGGCACGGAAUGGGAAAAGGCGGCUGAAGUGCCUGGCGACAAGAAGGAAGCCAAGGUCACGGGCCUCAAGGAGAAGACCGAGUGCCAGUUCCGCGUGGUCGCCAUCAACAAGGCCGGCCCCAGCGAGCCGAGCGACCCCACCGCGCCGCACGUGGUCAAGCACCGGAGGCUGAAACCUUACAUCGAUCGUACCAACCUGGAUGUGUUGAUGGUGAAGAAGGGAAAGCCAAUCAAACUGGAUGUCAACAUCCGGGGAGAGCCACCUCCAAAGGUCACCUGGAAGCUGCAGAACAAGGUGGUCGAAACCAAGGAUAACGUUGAGGUGGUCAACGUCGACUACAACACCAAACUGAACAUCACCGACUCCCAGCGCAAGGACUCUGGCCUCUACACGAUCACUGCCGAAAACGAACACGGCAAGGAUGAGGCGACCGUCGAGAUCAUCGUGCUCGGUGCCCCGUCUAAGCCCGGUGGCCCGUUGAAGGUCUCCGACGUGCACGACAAGGGCUGCAAGUUGCAGUGGAACAAGCCGGAGGACGACGGGGGCAAGCCCAUUCAGGCGUACGUGGUGGAGAAGAUGGACACGCAGACGGGCAACUGGGUGCCCGUGGCCAGGGUGGACCCGGACAAGACGGAGUGCCCCGUCACGGGGCUCAUCCCGGGCAAGCAGUACCAGUUCAGGGUCAAGGCCGUCAACCCCGAGGGAGAGUCAGAACCCCUCGUGUCGGACAGGCCCACCCUCGCCAAGAACCCCUACGACGAACCGGGCAAGCCCGGCACGCCCGAGAUCGCCGACUGGGAUGAGAAGCACGUGGACCUCAAGUGGGAUGCGCCCAAGAACGACGGCGGCGCCCCCAUCACGGGCUACGUGGUGGAGAAGAAGGAUCGGCUGGGCGGUGGCUGGGAGCCCUGCCUGGAGACGACCAGCUCCAAGCCCGAGGCCAAGGUAGAGGGUCUGGUCAAGGGCCAGCAGUACCAGUUCAGGGUCCGGGCCGUCAACAAGGCCGGCCCUGGAGAGCACAGCGAGCCCACCGGCAUGCACCUGUGCAAGGAGCGCUUCCUGGCUCCCAAGAUCAUCAGGGACAACUUGCAGAACAUCACGGUCCGUGCUGGCCACGUGGCCAAGGUCAACGUGGAGGCAAUCGGCGAGCCGCCCCCGAAACUGACGUGGUUCUUCCAAGGCAAGGAGCUGGAGAAGUCACCUGCAGUCAAGGUGGACGAGGAGGACUACAAGAGCUUCCUGGUCAUUGGCAGUGUGACCCGCAAGCACUCCGGGAAGUACACCAUCAAGGCGGAGAACUCCUCCGGCAAGGACGAGGAGACCAUCGAUAUCCUGGUCCUCGACAAGCCCUCCAAGCCGGAGGGCCCCCUGGAGGUGAGCGACGUGGACGCCAAGGGCUGCAAGCUGUCGUGGAACAAGCCCAAGGACGACGGGGGAACCCCGAUCGAGGGCUACCAGGUGGAAAAGAUGGACACGGCCACGGGACGCUGGGUUCCCUGCGGGAAGGCGGACAAGGACGCCACCGAGCUGGACGUGGGGGGCCUGGAGCCCGGCAAGAAGUACCAGUUCCGGGUCAAGGCCAUCAACAACGAGGGCGAGUCAGAGCCCCUGGAGACGGAGCGUUCCACUCUCGCCAAGAACCCUUACGACGAGCCAGGUGCGCCAGGCACGCCCGAGAUAAAGGACUACGACCGGGACUUCGUGGUCCUCAAGUGGGACCCCCCGAUCAAGGACGGCGGCGCCCCCAUCACGGGCUACGUCAUUGAGAAGAAGGACAAGUACAGCCACAACUGGGUGCCGGCCGCGGAGGUGCACGGCAACGUCCCCGAAGGAAAAGUGGACAAGCUGCAGGAAGGCGACAAGUACGAGUUCCGCGUGCGGGCCGUCAACAAGGCGGGGCCCGGCGAGCCCAGCGACGCCACUGCGCCGCAUCUGAUGAAGCCCAAACACUUGAAACCGCACAUUGACCGCACCAACCUGCGCAACCUGACUGUCAAGGUGGGCCAGGCGGUGAACUUCGACGUCAACGUGAUCGGAGAGCCUCCUCCGAAGGUCACCUGGGAGCUCGUGGGCAAGGGCGAGUUGCAGUCGGAUGACAACUACCGCGUCGACAACAUCGACUACAACACCAAGUUCUACAUCAUGAGGGCCACGCGCAAGGAGAGCGGGGUCUACAAGAUCAAGGCCACCAACGACUCCGGCACGGACGAGGCGGAAGUGGAGAUCAACGUCCUCGGCAAGCCGGGCAAGCCCAACGGCCCGCUGGAGGUGUCGGACGUGCACAAGGACGGCUGCUCACUGAGCUGGAAGAAGCCCGACGACGACGGGGGCUGCCCCAUCGAGUGCUACGAGGUGGAGAAGAUGGACGAGGAGACAGGGCGCUGGGUGCCCGCCGGCAAGUCCACAGAGCCCAAGCUGGAGGUCAAGAACCUGGUGCCGGGCAAGAAGUACAAGUUCCGCGUGCGUGCCGUCAACAAGGAGGGCGACUCGGACGAGCUCGAGACCGAGACCAGCACCCUUGCUAAGAAUCCCUUUGACGAGCCAGGCAAACCGGGCCGUCCCGAGCCCACGGACUGGGACAGCGAUCACGUGGACCUCAAGUGGGCCGCUCCGGAGAGCGACGGGGGCGCCCCGAUCAAGGCGUACGCCAUCGAGAAGAAGAAGAAGGGCAGCCACAAGUGGCAGAAGGCCAAAGAGGUGCCCGGCACCCAGACCACCGGCACGGUGGACGACCUGGAGGAGGGCGAGGAGUACGAGUUCCGGGUGGUGGCCAUCAACCAGGAGGGGCCCAGCGAGCCCAGCGAUGCCUCACGCUCCGUCGUCGCCAAGCCACGCAAACUGGCACCCAAAAUCGACCGCACCAACCUCAAGGACACGACGAUCAAGAGCGGCCAAGCCAUCAAGUUUGACAUCGAUGUCAAGGGAGAGCCCGCCCCGACCAUCGAGUGGUCCUUUAAUGGUCAGCCCCUCAAGGGGACGGACAAGAUCAAGCUGGACAUCGAGGACUACCACACGCUGUUCAUCCUCACUGGUGCCAAACGUGCACACACCGGUACCUACACAAUCACCGCCAAGAACAUGCACGGCACCGACGAAGCCUCUGUUCAGCUCAAAGUUCUCAGCAAGCCGGGCAAGCCCAAGGGGCCGCUGGACGUGUCGGACGUCACGGCGGAAGGCUGCAAGCUCAAGUGGGACAAGCCGGAAGACGACGGCGGCGAACCCGUGCAGCAGUACGUGGUGGAGAAGAUGGACACGGACACCGGCCGGUGGGUGCCGGUCAUGACCACCAAGGAACCCGAGGCCGAGGUCAAGGGCCUGGUGCCGGGCAAGGAGUACAAGUUCAGGGUCAAGGCAGUCAACCCGGAGGGGGAGUCCGAACCCCUGGAGACCGAGCAGGGCACCCUGGCAAAGAACCCCUUCGACGAGCCGGGCAAGCCCGGCAAGCCGACGGCCAAGGACUGGGACAAGCACCACGUGGACCUGAGCUGGCAGGCGCCCUCGGAGGACGGCGGGGCCCCCAUCACGAGCUACAUUGUGGAGAAGAAGGACAAGUUCAGUACCAAGUGGCAGAAGGCCACCGAGAUCAUCGGGGACAAGUGCGAGGCCCGUGUGCCCGACCUCAUCGAGGGCAUGGAGUACCAGUUCCGGGUGCGGGCGGUCAACAAGGCCGGCCCCGGCAACCCCAGCGACGCGAGCGAAGUUGUCAUUGCCAAGCCACGCUUUUUGGCACCAAAAAUCGAUCGCUCGACGCUGAAGGACAUCACCAUCCAUGCCGGCCAGGGCGUCAAGUACGACGCCAAGGUGAUUGGUGAACCACCGCCGAAGACCACCUGGUUCUUGGAGAAAACAGAGAUCAAGGACGGCGGGCGGUACACCGUCGACAAGGAACCGUACCGCACCAAGCUCGUCAUUCACAACGCCGAACGCAAGGACACCGGGGAGUACCGGCUCGUUGCCGAGAACAGCUCGGGUAAAGACGAGGCCACCGUUAAGCUCACCGUGCUCGACAAGCCCACGGCACCCAAGGGCCCGCUGGAGAUCUCGGACGUCCACGCGGAGGGCUGCAAGCUGAAGUGGAACCCUCCAGAAGACGACGGAGGCCAGCCAUUGGACGGCUACGUCGUGGAGAAGAUGGACACGGAGACCGGGCGCUGGGUGCCCAUUGGCCACCCCACAAAGCCAGAGUUUGAGGUCGGCAACCUCGAGCCGGGCAAGGAGUACAAGUUCAGGGUGCGGGCUGUCAACCCCGAGGGAGAGUCGGAGGCUCUGGAAGCAGAGCAGGGAAUUAUUGCCAAGAAUCCCUAUGAUGCUCCGGGAAAACCAACUGGCGCCGAGGUGACGGACUGGGACAAGGACCACAUGGACCUCAAGUGGAACCCACCUGCGAAAGACGGUGGCGCCCCCAUCGAGAAGUACAUUGUGGAAAAGAAAGAGAAGGACAGCCCCGUCUGGACCAAGGCGGCCGUGGUGGACGGCAAGACCUGCGAGGCCCGCGUGCCCGACCUCAUUCCCGGCGAAGCGUACGAAUUCCGCGUGCGUGCCGUCAAUGCCGCCGGCCCCGGCGAGCCAUCAGAGGCCACUAAGCCCAAGGUUGCCAAACCAAGGAAACUGGCACCCAAGAUUGACCGCCGCAGCCUCAAGCCAAUCACCAUCAAGGUGGGGCAGGACUUUGAGUUUGACGUGAAGGUGCAGGGAGAGCCCGCCCCGGCCGUCUCCUGGUUCCUGGCCGCCAAGCCCGUGGCCGAAAGGCCCACCCUGAGCAUCACCAACGUGCCCUACAACUCCAAGCUCACCUGCGACAAGGCGGAGCGCAAGGACAACGGCACCUACAAGAUUGUGGCCACCAACCAGUACGGCACGGACGAGGCCGAGGUUGAAGUCACCGUUAUCUCCAAGCCCUCAAAGCCCGAGGGCCCCCUGGAGGUGUCGGACGUGACCAAGAACGGCUGCAAGCUGGCCUGGAACAAGCCCAAGGACGACGGCGGCGAGCCCAUCUCCAAGUACGUGGUGGAGAAGCAGGAUCCGGACACCGGGGCCUGGGUGCCCGUGGGCUCCACCCUCGGACCGGAGUUCCAGGUCACCGGCCUGACCCCCGGCAAGGACUACAAGUUCCGCGUCAAGGCCGUCAACAAGGAAGGGGAGUCGGAGCCCCUCGAGACGGACAUCCCCAUCACGGCCAAGGACCCCUAUGAUGCCCCGUCCGCCCCCGGCCAGCCGGAGGCGACGGACUGGAACCGGGACCACGUGGACCUCAAGUGGACCGCCCCGGAGAAGGAUGGCGGCGCCCCCAUCUCGCACUACGUGAUAGAGAAGAAGGAGAAGGGCAGCCCCAAGUGGGAGAAGGCGGCCGAGGUGCCCGGCGACCAGACCAAGGGAACCGCUCCCUUCCUGGACGAGGGAAAGGAGUACGAGUUCCGCGUCACGGCCGUCAACAAGGCCGGCCCUGGAGAGCCCAGCGAGGCCUCCAAGCCCGUCGUGGCCAAGCCGCGCUUCCUGGCUCCGCGCAUCGACCGCAAGAACCUGCACGACCUGACGGUGAAAGCGGGCCAAUCGAUCAAAUUCGACGUGAACGUCCAGGGCGAACCCCCGCCAACCAUUGUCUGGACCCUGGACGACGAGACACUCAAGCCGACCAACCACCGCUCCAUCGACAACGAAGACUACAACACGAAGCUCGCCGUUCGCCGUGCCGAACGCUCGGACGCCGGGAAGUACACGAUCACCGCCACCAACAGUUCCGGGAAGGACGCAGUCACCGUCACCGUCAAUGUGCUCGACAAGCCGAUGAGUCCAGAGGGUCCGUUGGAAGUGUCGGAUGUCCACAAGGAAGGCUGCAAGCUCAAGUGGAAGCGUCCCAAGGAUACCGGAGGCAUGCCGCUCGAUGGAUACCUUGUGGAAAAGAUGGACCCGGAGUCCGGAGUUUGGGUCCCGGUCGGCAAAACCAAGGAACCAGGCAUGGAGGUGACUGGACUCACACCUGGCAAGGACUACAAGUUCAGGGUGAAGGCCUUGAACAAGGAGGGCGAAUCCGAACCACUUGAGACGGAUGGAACCAUCACCGCCAAGAAUCCAUUCGACGAGCCGGGCAAGCCGGGCAGCUUGGAAGCCACGGACUGGGACAAGGACCACGUGGACCUCAAGUGGACGCCGCCAGAGAAGGACGGUGGGGCCCCCAUUGAGAAGUAUGUGAUUGAGAAGAAGGACAAGUACGGCGACUGGGAGAAGGCGGCCGAGGUGCCCGCCGACCAGACCAAGGCCACCGUGGGCAACCUUGCGCCCAACCAGCCGUACGAGUUCCGCGUGCGCGCAGUCAACAAGGCCGGUCCGGGAGAGCCCAGCGAUGCCACCCUGCCCAUCAUCACCAAGCCCCGCAAGCUGGCGCCAAAGAUCGACCGCACCAACCUCGAGAAGGUACGAAUCAAGGCGGGACAGAAUUUCAACUUUGACGUCAACGUGAUUGGCGAACCGCCGCCGGACGUGACGUGGACCCUCAAGGGCAGGAAGGUGGCACCCUCCGACCAUGUCAAGCUCGUCAACGAACCGUACAACACCAAGCUGAAUGUGCGCCACGCCACCCGCGCCGACAACGGAACCUACACCAUCACCGCCGUCAACGAGCACGGAAAGGACACGGCAGAGGUGGAGGUCAUGAUUCUCGACAAGCCCACCCCUCCUGGCGGACCGUUGAAGGUCGAGGAUGUCCACGCGGAGGGCUGCACCCUCAAGUGGAACCCUCCCUCGGACGAUGGUGGCAUGCCUGUGGACCACUACGUGGUGGAGAAGCAGGACCCCAACACCGGGGUCUGGGUGCCUGCCGGAGACACCACGGGACCUGAGACGCAGCUAAAGGUGAAAGGCCUGCAACCGGGUAAACACUACAAGUUCAGGGUGAGGGCGGCAAACCGACAAGGAGAGUCGGAGCCGCUCGAAGCCGACAAAGCCAUCCUGGCAAAGAAUCCGUUCGACGAGCCCGGCAGUCCAGGCAAGCCUGAAAUCGAGGAUUACGACAAGGACUUUGUCAAGCUCAAAUGGGACAAGCCCGAGAAUGACGGCGGAUCUCCCAUCACGGGUUACGUCAUCGAGAAGAAGGACAAAUACAACCCCGACUGGACCCCGGUUCUGGAGGUUCCGGGCGACGACACAAGCGCCAGGGUCGGCGACCUGGUGGAGGGGUGCCCGUACGAGUUCCGGGUGCGUGCCGUCAACAAGGGCGGCCCUGGAUCUCCGAGCGAAUCGACCGGCGUCCACGUCGCACGGCCCAAGAACAUGGCUCCCAAGAUCGACCGCAACGCCAUGCACGACAUCAAGGUCAAGGCCGGCAAGAACUUCGAGCUCGAGGUCCCAGUCCUGGGCGAGCCCCCUCCGAACAAGAAGUGGACCCUGGAGGGCAAAAGCAUGGAGGACGUCAAGCGCUGGAACAUCUCGCACGAGCCGUACAAGACCAAGUUGGCUGUGCGCAACGCCGAGCGUGGCGACAGUGGCACCCUCGUCCUGACGGCCACCAACGUCAACGGCACGGACACCGCCAAAAUCACCGUCACCGUUCUCGACGUUCCUCGUGCUCCGGAGCUGAUCAAGAUUGACAAGAUCACCAAGGACAACUGCGAGGUAUCCUGGAAGCCCCCCAAGGACGACGGGGGCACCGACAUCCUGCACUAUGUGGUGGAGAAGAAGGACCUCGACACGGGACUGUGGUCGCCCGUGGCGGAGACCAUGGGCACCUCGGUGAAGGCCGAGCGCCUCGUGGAGCAGCACCAGUACCACUUCAGGGUGAAAGCAGUGAACCGCGAGGGCGACUCGCCUUACGCCACUACCAAGGACUCCAUCGUCGCCAAGAACCCCUUCGACCAGCCCAACAAGCCGACUCCACCGGAGGUGACGGACUGGGACGCGGACCACGUAGACCUGGAGUGGCGCGCACCCCGUGACGGCGGCGCUCCCAUCACGGGCUACGUGGUGGAAAAGCGCAACAAGGGCAGCCCUCUGUGGGAGGAGGCAGCCAGGGUGCCAGGAGAUGCUACCAAGGCCACCGUGCCCAACCUCAAGGAGGGUGAAGAGUAUGAGUUCCGCAUCGUGGCUCUCAACAAGGCUGGCCCCAGCGAGCCCAGCGACCCGUCCCAGUCUGUUGUCGCAAAGCCACGCAAGCUGGCUCCGACGCUGGACAAGAGUGCUUUGAAGGACAUCAAGGUUCGGGCAGGACGUCCAAUCAACUUCACCGUGCCCAUCAAAGGCGAGCCCACGCCCAAUGUGGAUUGGCUGGUGCAUGACAAGCAGGUGCACGACAAGCGCAUUGAAGUGACGAACACGGCCAACCAGACCAUCCUUGACAUUGCGUCCUCGGUGCGCUCGGACUCCGGCAAGUACACCCUGGUCCUGGAGAACUCCUUCGGCAAGACGUCAGCGUCUGCCAACGUCACUGUCCUGGAUCGGCCGUCGCCACCUCAGGGCCCGCUGAACAUCGGGGAGGUGACCAAGAACUCAGCCACAAUUAGCUGGAAGGCACCCGCAGACGAUGGCGGAGCGCCCAUUAAGCACUACCUGAUCGAAAAGAUGGACACCUCUCGAGGCACCUGGGUGGAAGCGGGCAUGACCCCGAACCUGACCUUCAAGGUGCCCAAGCUGGUGCACAAAAAGAGCUACCAGUUCCGCGUCAAGGCGGUCAACGAGAUCGGCGAGUCCGAACCCCUCGAGAAGACCGAGCCCAUCGUUGCCAAGGAUCAGUUUGAAAAGUCGAGCGCCCCGGGCCGGCCCAAGAUCACGGACUGGGACAAGGACCGCGUGGACAUUGAGUGGAAGGCUCCGGAGGACGACGGCGGCUGCCCCAUCAAGAGCUACAUCAUCCAGAAGAAGGAGCGAGGGUCACCGUACUGGACCAAGGCCAAGGAGGUGCCGGCCUCUCAAACCAAGGCCUCCGUGCCCGACCUCAAGGAAGGACAGGACUACGAGUUCAGGGUGGUCGCCGUCAACGCCGGCGGCGAGAGCGACCCCUCGGAGCCCUCGGACCUCGUGACCUGCAAGCCCCGAUUCCUGGCCCCCAAGAUCGUGAGCCCCAUGAAGGAGGUAAAGGUCAAGAUUGGACAGACCCUCCACGUCGAGAUCAAGUUCAUCGGUGCUCCACCACCGACGGUGUCUUGGAGCGUCAACGGCAAGCCGCUGAUCUCCGACGACCGCGUCACGAUUUCCAACUUCGACGACUACACCAUCAUCAACACGGUGGACACCAAGAGGUCCGACGGCGGAGCCUACACGCUCCACCUCAAGAACGACAGCGGGGAAGACAGCGGAACACUGCCCGUCGUCAUCUUGGACAAGCCAAACCCUCCUGAAGGCCCGUUGAACGUUGACGAGGUCGACAAGGAUCACGUCAAGCUGUCGUGGAAGCCGCCCAAGGACACAGGUGGCAGCGACAUCACGGGUUACGUGAUAGAAAAGCGUGACAAGACACACGGAGGUAUGUGGGUGCCCGCCGUCACAUUUGUGGCACCCACGGCGACGGAUGCAACAGUGCCCAAGCUUAUUGAGGGCACGGAGUACGAGUUCCGGGUCAUGGCUGAGAAUGCGCAGGGGCUGUCGGAGCCUCUGGUCACUGCUCGUCCAGUCAUGGCCAAGAGUCCAUACGGUACCCCCGGCAAGCCUGGUCAGCCAGAAGCCGUGGAUCAUGAUCGUGACUUCAUCAAGAUCAAGUGGGAUCCCCCGCGGAACGACGGCGGCUCUCCGAUCACGGGGUACGACGUGGAGCGCAGGGACACCAAGGGUAACCGAUGGGUUCGCGUCAACAAGGAUCCUGUGCGGACUCCAGAGUACACGGACAAGGACGUGACGGACGGGCACCAGUACGAGUACCGCGUGGUUGCCAAGAACGCGGCAGGCCCCAGCGAGCCGAGCAUGGCUUCUAAGGCAAUCGCUGCAAAGCCUAUGAAAGAAAAACCAAAACUGCACUUGGACGGUUUGUACGGCAAAGGUAUUCGGGUGCGUGCCGGAGACCCGCUCAACAUCAACAUUCCGAUGACCGGUGCACCGCCGCCGGCAGUCACCUGGCUCAUCAACGACAAGGAGAUCCCGCCGACCAACCGCAUCCGCACCGACACCGCGGACGAAACGGUCAACCUCACCAUCCCGGUGUCGCAGCGGGGCGACACCGGAAAGUACACCAUCAAGGCCAAGAACAUGUACGGCGAGGACUCCGCGGACAUCGACGUGCUCGUCUACGACAAACCGGGACCGCCACAGGGACCGCUCGACUACCCAGAAGUCACCAGUUCCUCGGUCACGCUCAAGUGGAGAAAACCCGAAGACGACGGUGGCGCAGAAAUCACGGGCUAUCUCGUGGAGAAGUGCGAAGUGGGAUCGGACUUCUGGCAGCCCGUGCCAGGCUACUGCCCCAACACCACUUACACUGUGCGGAACCUCGAGGAGGGCAAGCAGUACAAGUUCCGCGUUCGUGCCGAGAACAUCUACGGCAUCAGCGAACCUCUCGAGGGAAAGCCCGUCACGGCAAAGAACCCCUUCGACACCCCAGACUCUCCUGGCCAACCCAAGGUCACCGAAAUCGGGCCAACAUCUGCAACCAUCGCUUGGACGCCACCGGCCAGCGACGGCGGACGUCCCAUCCAAGGCUACAUUGUAGAGAAGCGGGAGAGGGGCCACCCCGACUGGACCAAGUGCAACGCCGCCCCGACCCCGGGCACCGAGUUCACGGUGCCCCACCUCACCGAGGGCAAGAGCUACGAGUUCCGGGUGACCGCCGUGAACGAGGGCGGACCCGGCAAGCCCAGCAAGCCCAGCGCCCUGGUCGUGGCCAAGGAGCCUAAGUUUGCACCGGCAGCCCCCGACACGCCCCGGGUGGAUAAGGUGACCAAGAACUCGGUGACGCUGUCGUGGAACAAGCCGACGAGCGACGGCGGCAGCAAGGUCAAGGGCUACAUCGUGCAGAAGAAGCCCAAGGACGCCAAGGACUGGACACCAGUGAACAUCCUGCCCCACCCGGACACCACCUUCACGGUGCCCGGCCUGGACGAGGGACAGGAGUACGAGUUUCGGGUGGUGGCUGUCAACGACGUCGGCGAGAGCCCGCCCAGCAAGCCCACCGGACUCAUCCUUGUGGAGGAGCAACCGGACAAGCCGAGAAUCAACGCGGAUGCCGUGAAGGACAUUGUGGUAAAGGCCGGUCAAGACUUCAGCAUCAACGUCCCUUUCACCGGUUUCCCCAAGCCUGAGGCAACCUGGUCCAAGAACGACCUUGACCUUGACGACAAAGAGCCGAGGAGGACGUACAAGGUGACGGAGGAGAAUGCCAGUCUGACCGUGACCAAGGCCAAGCGAGACGACACUGGCCAGUACAAGUUGUUCCUCAAGAACAAGCAUGGCUUCGACACUGUGUACUGCAAGGUCACCGUGCUGGACCGACCCGCGCCACCCGAAAACCUGCGCGGCGAGGAAGUGGACGGGGACUCCCUGACCCUGCGUUGGCUGCCGCCCAAGGACGACGGCGGUUCGGAGAUCACCAACUACGUGGUGGAGAAGCAGGAGGUGGGCUCCAAGGCGUGGUCCCGCAUCGGCACCUACGUCGUGGGCACCGCCUUCCGGGUGCGCGGCCUGGUCGUCGGCCGACACUACAACUUCCGGGUCAUGGCGGAGAACCAGUACGGGACCAGCGACCCGGCAACCACGGCCGAACCCAUCUUGGCCAAGCUUCCGUUCGAUCCUCCGAGCGCACCAGGCGUCCCGCACGCCGUGGACACGUCGCCAGACUCGAUCACGUUGUCCUGGACCAAGCCGCGCAACGACGGCGGCUCCCCGAUCACGGGGUACCUGAUCGAGAAGCGCAAGGUCGGCGAGCCUAAGUGGACACGGGCCACUGCAGCACCCGUGCCGGACCUCACACACAAGGUUCCCGGACUGACGGAGAACCAGCAAUACGAGUUCCGCGUCUGUGCCGUCAACGCAGCCGGGGAGUCACCCUGGAGUUCCGCUUCCGACGGCAUCUACGCCCGGCCGCCACCCGCUGCUCCCAAGAUCGACAGCGGCUUUUCUAUGCGCGACGUUGUUGUCAUGGCUGGCGAAGAGUUCACCCUCCGGGUCCCAUACAGUGGCAGCCCCGUACCAGAGGCAUCCUGGACCAUCAACGGCAACCCGGUUGUGCCGGACGACAGGAUUCACACGGAGGUCAACGUGGCCUUUACCGUGUUCCUGAACAAGAAGGCGAAGAGGGACGACAGCGGGAAAUACACGCUCACCCUGAAGAACCCUCAGGGUUCGGACACGGCGUCCUGCAAGGUUCUUGUCGUGGACAAGCCUGGUCCGCCUCAAGGCCCCCUGGAAGCGAGCGACGUGACUCCAGAGACGUGCUCGCUUUCUUGGAGGCCUCCGCUGGAUGACGGAGGAAGUCCGAUCACGAAUUACAUCGUCGAGAAGCAAGAUCCGACGACCAAGAUCUGGACCAAGAUGAGUGGAUUUGUCCGGGGCUGCCACUACGACGUGAUCGGCCUCGAACCCAACAAGAAGUACAACUUCCGCGUGAGCGCCGAAAACCAGUAUGGAAUCAGCACUCCGCUGGAGACGGACCGUCCAAUCACGGCCAAGUUCCCCUUCGACGUGCCAAGCCCACCCGGCCGUCCCGACAUCGUGGACUACGACGUGACGAGCGUGAGCCUGAGGUGGGACCGGCCUUCGAGCGACGGCGGUUCCAAGAUCCAGGGGUACCAGGUGGAGUACCGAGAACCAAUCGACGGCAAGUGGCGCCCAGGCAACACCGGGCUCAUCAAGGACACCUCGUUCACAGUGAAGGGACUGUUCGAAGGCAAGGACUACGAGUUCAGGGUCAAGGCCAAGAACGCAGCCGGCUACAGCAACCCGAGCGAGCCGACGGCCACGCUGAGACUCAAGCCCAAAUUCACCGUCCCAUCGCCGCCGCAGAAUGUUCAGGUCGUGAAGGUGGGCAAGAGCUACUGCGACCUCAAGUGGGAGAAGCCACGAUCGGACGGUGGCAGCAAGAUCACAGGGUACAUUGUGGAGCGUCGUGACGUGAGCAGUCCAUUCUGGCUGGUGUCGAACGACUACACCAUUUUGGAUUGCGACUACACCGACAUGAAGCUCAAGGAGAACAACGAGUAUGAGUUCCGUGUCUACGCUGUCAACGCAGCAGGCAAGAGCGAGCCUUCCCUCUGCACCACGCCGGUCAAGGCCACUGAGUACACUGACGGAGUCAAGCCUGAGUUUGUACGUCGCUUGUUCAACAAGAAUGUGAGCAUGAAGAAGCAGGUGAUCCUGGAGUGUGAAGCCAUCGGAAAGCCAGUACCCACAUCCAGAUGGCUGAAGAAUGGCAGAGACAUCCGCCUUGGAACGAGGGUCAGGGCUGUAGAGAAACCGGAAGAAGGCGUCUACCAGCUCAUCUUCAGCGAAAUCGAGGAUGGCGACGAGGGAGAGUACACGUGCGAAGUCAGCAACCCGCUGGGUUCGGUCAGGUGUUCAGCGGACAUCCGCAUCGCUGCGCCACCUGUGAUCGUCCGCUGCCCCAACGAAGUGUACAUUCCGGAGAAGGACAAUGGGAAGGUGAAGGUCUACUUCACGGGCUCCACCCCGAUGGAGGUGUCCCUGUUCAAGGGAGGCCUGGAGGUGCCCGAGAGCGAGCGCAUGAAGUACACGGUCUUCGACGACUACGUCAUUGUGUACUUCCGCGAGGCGGACAAGUCCGACGAGGGCAAGUACCAGAUCAGCCUGAAGAACGACAGCGGCUCGGCCGACGCCCAGUUUACGCUCUACGUCACCGGCCUCCCCGGACCGCCCAUCGGACCGUUGGAGGUGUCGGAGAUCACCCAGCACACGUGCAAGCUCCACUGGCAUCCGCCCAAGUACGACGGAGGGUGCAAGAUCACCCACUACGUCGUGGAGCGCCGGGAGACCACCCACAACCAGUGGGUCGUGGCGUGCACCUACUGCCGGGACACGACAGUCACGGUGCAAGGCUUGACCGAAAACGGAGAAUACCUGUUCCGCGUGAUGGCAGUCAACGAGAAUGGGCAGAGCGCACCACUCGAAGGCACCAACCCUAUCAUCGCCAAGCUGCCAUUCGAUCCGCCCUCUGCACCCGGCAUCCCCGUGGUGACGGAAGUGGGCGGCGACUUUGUGAACCUGUCGUGGGAGAAGCCCUCGUCGGACGGCGGGGCCCGCAUCCUGGGCUACUGGGUGGACAAGCGGGAGGUGGGCACCCAGGCCUGGCAGCGGGUGAACCCCGCGCACCUCUGCCUGCCGGCCCAAAUCAACAUCUCCAACCUCAUCGAGGACCGCCAGUAUGAGUUCCGCGUCUUCGCGGUCAACGAAGCCGGGCAGGGUCCGCCUUCCUCCAACUCCUCCCAGGUCAAGAUCAAGGACCCCAACGCGGCGACACCUCCGGAGUUCAUCACGCCCCUCAAGCCGGCGAUGGGCAUUGAGAACAAGAGUGCCCAGUUCUCCUGCAAGGUGGUUGGCAACCCCUCGCCAGAAAUCAGUUGGUACAAGGGGAUGCGCGAGCUGCACGAAAGCCUCAAGUACAGCAUCACGCGCGAGGGCGACGUGUGUACGCUCAUCAUCUCCGACAUCUUCGGCGAGGACGCCGACGAGUACGCCUGCCGCGCCGUCAACAAGGGUGGUGCACGGACGUCCAGAGCCGAGCUCCUUAUUAAGACUGCGCCGCACAUCAAUGUGCCUCCGCGCUUCCGCGAACUGGCCUGCUUUGAGAAGGGCGAGAAUGUGGUCCUCAAGAUCCCGUUUACGGGCUUCCCGAAGCCGCGCAUCAAGUGGUUCAAGGAAGGCGAGGAGAUCGAAAGCGGCAGCCACUUCGACAUCCAGACGGGCGAACGCCACGCUGUGCUCACCAUUCGCGACGUCAACAAGACGGACAGCGGGCCGUACCGCCUGGUCGCUGAGAACGAGCUUGGCACGGACUCCGCCAUCAUCAAGGUCCAGAUUAGCGACAAACCCGACCCUCCGAGGCACCCAGUGGUGGAGAACAUCAACGACGACAACUGCUUGUUGUCGUGGAAACCGCCGCUGUGGGACGGCGGCAGCCACAUCACGAACUACAUGAUCGAGAAGCGAGAGAGCCCACUCACCACCUGGGUUCGCUGCGGCAACACCAGGUUCACGACACACCAGAUCACGGGUUUGAAUCCUUCCAAGGAGUACCAGUUCCGGGUCUAUGCCGAGAACGUCUUUGGUAGGAGUGAACCCUGCGAACCCACCGCACCGAUCACCACCAAACCCUCGGAGAAGGACAGACGCAAGAAAAAGAACUACAUGGUGGACGAACACGGGAAGAAGAUACGAGGAAAAUCGGAAGGCAAGAUUGCAAAUUACGACCAAUUUGUCCAAGAUUUCGACAAGUACAUUCCGCAGCCGAUCGAUAUCAAGACGUCUAGCGUCUACGACUACUACGACAUCCUCGAAGAAAUCGGAACCGGUGCCUUUGGCGUGGUGCACCGAUGCCGGGAGAAGAAGACGGGCCACAUUUUUGCGGCCAAGUUCAUCCCGGUGUCCCACCCGAUGGAGAAGGGCCUCAUCCGCAAGGAGAUCGACAUCAUGAACCAGCUGCACCACCCCAAGCUUAUCCGGUUGCACGAUGCCUUCGAGGACGACGACGAGAUGGUUCUCAUCUAUGAAUUCAUGUCCGGAGGAGAGCUGUUCGAGCGUAUCACUGCCGAAGACUACAAGAUGUCCGAGGCCGAGGUCAUCAACUACAUGCGCCAGAUCUGCGAGGGCGUGAAGCACAUGCACGAGAAGAACAUCAUCCACCUCGACCUCAAGCCCGAGAACAUCAUGUGCCAGACCAAAAAGAGCACCAACGUCAAGUUGAUCGACUUCGGUCUGGCAACCAAGCUGGACCCCAACGAGGUGGUCAAGAUCUCGACGGGCACGGCGGAGUUUGCGGCGCCGGAGAUCGUGGAGCGCGAGCCGGUCGGGUUUUACACGGACAUGUGGGCCGUCGGCGUUCUCGCUUACGUGCUGCUGAGCGGCCUGUCUCCGUUUGCGGGCGACAACGACGUCGAGACGCUCAAGAACGUGAAGGCCUGCGACUGGGACUUCGACGACGAGGCGUUUGCCAACGUCUCCGAGGAGGGCAAAGACUUCAUCCGUCGUCUGCUCACGAGGAACAAAGACAAACGCAUGACAGCACACGAGUGUCUGGAGCAUGACUGGCUCAAGGGUGAGAUCAAGGAGUCCGCAACCAUUCCAAUCCCCAACAACCGGUACAUCAAGUUCCGCGACCACAUCAGGGCGAGAUACGGCGAUUACUGGGACUCCUGCACCGUCCCCAUUGGACACAUCUCCAACUACAGCUCUCUGCGAAAGCUGCACGACAAGAAGUACAACAUACACGACUUCUACUUCGACCGAAGACAAGCGGUUCCACGCUUUGUCAUCAAGCCAACCAGCGCCUUCACCUACGAAGGACAGAGUGCCAAAUUCUACUGUCGCGUUAUUGCAUCUGCACCUGCGACUGUCAGCUGGUACCGAGACAGCUGUGAGCUGCGGCAGAGCGUGAAGCACAUGAAGCGCUACGAAGGCGACGACUACUACUUCAUCCUCAACCGCUGUCGACUGGACGACCGCGGAGAGUACAUCAUCCGUGCAGAGAACAGCUACGGCUACCGGGAGGAGCCAGUCUUCCUCAACGUGCAAGCCAUGCCAAUAACAAUUCCACAGGUCCGUCUCGACGAACCAGUCAGGCGGCGCAGAGAGCCCCUCCGAUACCAGCCGUACGAGGAGCCAGCGGACUGUGCUCCCUGCUUCACAUUCCACCUCAGGCCCCGCGUCAUCCAGACAAACCUCGGGGUCAAGCUGCUCUGCUGCCUCUCCGGGAAGCCGCACCCAGAGAUCAAGUGGUACAAGGACGGAAAAGAGCUGAGCAAGUUCGACUACAACAUGAGCCACGCGGACGGCGUGGUCACGCUGGAGAUCCUCACCUGCAAGAAGGAGGACGCCGGAAAGUAUGUCUGCAAGGCCAAGAACGCGCUCGGCGAGGACGAAACCAACUGCUUCCUCAUCAUCGAAGAACGUCGCCGCCUUCCCCCGGGGCACUCCCCGGCCGUCUUCCAACACCAGGCCGCCCCCGCUUCUGCGCCACUCCCCGCAAAACCCGCUUACUCCAGUUACGAGCCCUUCCCGUCCUCGCACUACUCCCGAGCCUCCGCGCUCGGGAAGUACGGCUACGCCUCACACAAGAAAGACUACUUCCACGCGUCCUCCAAAUUUGCAGAUACUCGGUCGGUGGCCAAGAGCUCUCGACUCGCGGACUACUCCUCGUCCUACUCUUCAGCCCACCACGCUAGUUCGGACUAUAAGUCCAGCGCCUCCGCGUACAAGAGCGACUACAAGUCGGAUUACAAGUCGUCCUCAGACUACAAGUCUUCCUCGGCCUACAAGUCGGACUACAAGUCGAAGGACUACAAGUCCUCGGACUACAAAUCUUCGGUGAAGUCUUCGGACUACAAGUCGUCGGACUAUAAAUCCUCGGCCAGGUCAACAGACUACAAGUCUUCGGACUACAAGUCCUCAGACUACAAGUCCUCAGACUACAAGUCCUCGGACCUCAAGUCUUCGGACUACAAGUCUGCGGCGUCCUCCGCGGCAAGAAGAGAUUUGGGAUCUGCGGCGGCAGAUCGCGUGGCAAGCACUUUGAGUUCAGCUGCGUCGAAGCUUUCGCCUCCGGCGGAGUCGCCAUCCAAGAGAGUCCAGAAGCCCUAUGGGAAGAAGGAUGCCGUGGAUGCGACCAGUCCAUCGCGCUCUCGGAGUGCAACGAAAGACCUUGCUCUUCCAGACGAGACGGAGAUGACCGCUCCGACGUUCAAGGCACCGCUGCAGGACCUCAGCAUCAAGGAUGGAGACCCCCUCCUCCUCAAAGCUGUGGUGGACGGCGAACCGGAGCCUUCUGUGGAGUGGUUCAAGAAUGGAGAGAGCUUGAAGUCCUCCGAGAUCAUCAGCCUCAAGUACAAGAACAGAGAGGCUAGCCUGAGCAUAGCCGAAGUCUACCCGGAGGACGAGGGAGAGUAUGUGCUUACCGCGACCAACGCAGUGGGCAAAGUGGAUACUUGCUGCAAACUCACCGUCCUACCCAUGGAGAAAGACGAAGUGGAGCCGACAGGAUCCGACGGCAAGUCGCCCAAGUUUGUGGAGCACCUCAAGAGCCAGGUGGUGAAGGAUGGUGACGCUGUAACUCUUCAGUGCACCAUCAGAGGCUCCACCAAGUUCGACGUGGUGUGGUUGCACAACGAGAAGGAGAUAAAGUCUAGCAAGGACUUCCAGUACGUGACCGAGGGCGACGUGUACAAGCUCGUCAUAGCCGAGGUCUUCCCCGAAGACAGCGACACCUACACGUGCGAGGCCUUCAACGACGUCGGAGAGGCCUUCAGCACCUGCACCCUCCACGUCUUGGUUCCAGGUGAGCCCUUCAAGGGACCCGGCUUUUCAAUCUACCCCAAGUCCGCAACGGCCGGAGAAGGUCAGCCCGCCGUCUUCAAGUGCGUCACCGACAAGGAGGCACUCGGAGUGCGGUGGGUCAAGGACGGCAAGACGUUGGAGGAGAGCACGCGACACCAGCUGUCCCAGGAUGGACGCACCCACACGCUGACCCUGCCGCAAGCCCGGUCCACCGACGUGGGCCAGUACCUGGCCAUCGCAGUGGACGCCACGGGCGAGACCACCGCCAGCUUUGCCCUCAACGUCGUCUCGGAGGCAGACAUGCUAUGAGCGAGGACGCGUCGCAGACGAGGUGUACACUUGCGUUCUACCUUGCGUUCAACCAAUCGCAUACCCUUCCUUUCCCGGCAAGAGAACCAAUCGCGCCACGCUGUCGAUUUCAAGAGGUCUACCCUAUUUCUCUGCAAUCUUUUUGCCGUUUGACCUUUGCCGCGACCUCGAGUUGCACGACCCUUUCGACGACGUGCCUCAGGGUCGAGCGUCAAGGGUUGGGCUCUUUUUUUUUUUUUUUUACACGAUGCAAUUAAGUGCAGAAGGUGGGGGCAGCUUCUGCUAAAAGAGCCCAGCUCAAGGUCGUGCAAAGGUCAAACGCGUUUUAUUAGUGACGCUUGUUUGUAGCUUGGCUGUCAUUUUAUGGGUAUAUGUGAAUAAAAAAGAAGAACCGAA